GCAUGCGCAGGCGCUGUGAGGGCCCUCGGCGCUCCAAAGGGGAGUUCAAGGAGACGGGGGCGACGGAGCGGACGGCGUCUCCUCAGGUCGGGGGCUGCCGCCGCCAUGCCGGGGAUAGUGGAGCUGCCCACUCUGGAGGAGCUGAAAGUGCAGGAGGUUAAAGUCAGUUCCUCCGUACUCAAAGCCGCAGCCCAUCACUAUGGAGCUCAGUGUGACAAGCCCAACAAGGAGUUCAUGCUUUGCCGCUGGGAAGAGAAGGACCCCCGGCGGUGUUUGGAGGAGGGCAAGCUGGUCAACAAAUGUGCCUUGGACUUCUUCAGGCAGAUAAAGCGGCAUUGCGCUGAGCCCUUUACAGAGUAUUGGACCUGCAUCGAUUAUUCCAACCUGCAGUUGUUUCGUCGCUGUCGCAAGCAGCAGGCCAAGUUUGACGAGUGUGUGCUGGACAAACUGGGAUGGGUGCGUCCGGACCUGGGAGAGCUGUCCAAGGUCACCAAAGUAAAGACAGAUCGCCCUUUACCAGAAAAUCCAUACCACUCCAGGGCACGGCCGGAACCCAGCCCUGCUUCGGAAGGAGACCUGAAGCCUGCCAGACACGGCAGCCGCCUUUUCUUCUGGACCAUGUGAAGAUGGCUCUGCGGGGUACCCGCAGUCAUGCGCCCAGACGGCCACGGAUGGAAACGCCCAUGCCAUUUGCAUCGCCCGAUAGCGUGUUCUUUCCGGGAUCACAAACAUGAACAAAAAGUUAAUUUAUGUGACUUGGCAGUUAUUCUAUAUCAUUUCCUGUCCAUUAAAAAUUUUAAAGGAAA